AUGUAUCUAAUAGAUCUUCCAAACGAAAUUCUUAUAAUUAUUAUUAAAAAGUUAGAUCUUAAAUCAGUGUAUCAUUUAUAUGAAACAUGUUCUCACUUGAAGAAUAUUGUUUGUAUGUAUAAUGUGCUUAAAACCUGUUCCAUGACCCUGAAUACAAUGGCAACAGCCUGUUCUUUCAAACUGAAUUUUUUUAAGGAUAUCUCAGGCCAUUUACUAGAGCUUAAUGCAAGUGGAGUAGCUGAUUUAGAUAAAACAUCCCUUGUGAGAGCUGUUAAAAGUAUGAAGUGUCUAAAGUCUUUGGAUGUUUCAUUUACAAAAAUUACCAUUGUUGAUCUGAUUGAAGCUUAUAAAGUUUGCCCAACUAUAAAAAACAUCUCUUGCAACUUUAUGUUUGAUAAGGAAAAGAAAAAUACUAUAAAAAUACCUCAAAAAUACUUAGUUGAAAGCCAAAACCUGUUCCAAAAUUUUGAUAACAUAAACUUUGUUGGAAAUGCUGGAAAUUUGCUCUACUCAAAUUUAGCUCUGUGGAUACUUCAAAAAGCAAAAUUAAAUAACUUGAGGUUUACAGUUGCUGAAAAUGAAAACACAGUAUAUGAAAUAAAUGAAGAAAUUGAAGAAGAUAAAUUAAUAGGAAAUAUAAAAUGUAUGAGUGUUUAUGUUCUAAAUGAUUGGAGAAUGAACAACCCAGGAAUUGGAUCAUUUUUAUAUAGUAUGCCAAGUGCAUUAUCAACAUUAUGGUUUAUGAAGAAAUUUGAAUUUAUUGCUAUAAUCAAAGGUGAUAAAGCACAACAUUCAAUUUAUGUGUCACAAAUGUUUAAAAACUUUUUUAGUGAACAUUUCCAAAUAGAUUCAAAAUGUGUCAAUGAUAUAAGGAUCAUACAUUACAUUGGAAAUGCUGUUAUUCUGUUAUGGAAUGUGAGUGAAAUGGUUCCCAAUAAAGCUUUUUUUUCUAAUUUGAAAUAUAAACUAAUGGAUUUUUUCCCUUUUUGUAAUAAACAUAAUGAUAUUUCUACAGUGGAUCAAUAUGAUUGGUUUUUCUUUAAUUUUGAGCCAGAAAAAAAUGAAAGUAGCAAUUCCUCUAAUUAUGUGCCAGAAUUCAAAAAGCAAAGGGUUGGUCCACCAAAACAAAGUAUUAAUUUUGAUCAUCUAUUUAAAAAUAAGAAAAAAAUAAAACUCACUUGGGUUUUUAACAAUUAUCUAAGUUGUUCUGUUUUCCUUCCAUCACAAUGUCAAUAUUUAAGGAAAAUAACCUACUUAAGUUUAAGUGGAAAUGUGCAUUAUAGUGGAGAAUUUUUCAAUGUGUUAUUUAGAUGCUGUGAACAGCUGAAGACUUUAAACAUAGAAGCUCCCACUUUAUCUCCUUGUGCUUCAUCUAUAGCUCGAAAUAUUCCCCUUAGUCAAUGUAUAAAAAAUCUUAGAUUGGUUGAUAAGAGGAUUAAUUUUAAAUUAUUAUUUUCAUCUUUAAGUCAAUGUCAUAUAUUAGAAAAUAUUCAUAUAAUAGAUGUUUCUAGUGAGUGUAACGAACUUUGUGAUUUCAGUACAUUAUUUGAAAAAUGUAAUAAUUUAUAUUGUCUAUUUAUUUAUGCGUCUAUGAGUUCAACAGCCAAAACUCAAAAGCUACAGAUGUUGAAUAAACUAAAAGCUAGAUAUUGUAAACCUUACUUAAAUUUACAAUUAUGUACAAAGUAUGGUGAGAGCAGGUUUAAUUAUGAUCCAUAUAUUGAUGUAUUUAAAUUAAAUCCAAUAAAGCCUAUAGAAUUACUUUACUCUUAUUUUAUCUUUUUAUUGAUUAUAGAUUCCCAAAAAUAUUAA